CCACCGGGCACGCUAGCCCUGUUUGGGGGCGUUGGAGUAUUUGUAAUUCGUUGGCAAUUAAUGGUUGCUAAGGUGCUGAGUCACCUUAACGCUGAAAAGCCCGGAUUCAUAACCCGAAUUGGUUAGCGGUUGCCCCAUCUGGACUCAGCCAGCCUGGCCGCGAAUUUUACUUUGCCAGACCGACCAAGGGACGACUAAGAUAUCGUCGGCUCUAUCAGAUCCCGUCCCGUGCCUACCUGCGCCUGCACCGGCACUUGUGCCGCAGCCUCAUCAGACAUUAAGUUCGGCACUCCAGGCCGGUCAAACGUCGACCAAGAUGGUGUUAUCAGCCGCGGUGUCUGGAAUGCAAGGCAUGUCAGGCGUUGUGGCUCUCCGAUGCACAGGCACAGGCGGGCCCCGCACUUCACCCUACGGUACAUCCUGACAUGUACAUACUCGGGCAAGGACGUGGGAUACCGGACAGCUAGGGAUUCUAGGGGCCUAACCGCUCCACCCUCACAGGAAAUAAAAGAAUCGAUUGCCAUGAAAAUAACCCAAACAAGCAAGAAGCUUUGACACCUAUAAUCGCUGGCUGUUCGGUCACCCGCGUCGAUACCCGAGUACCGUAUCGUACUGAAGCACCGCCUGCAAACGAACGAAUGGAAUAUGGCUUAAAGGUUGGCCACCAGAAUACGUGUCUGACGGAGGGCGGCAUCCGUCAGCAGAAAAACCAGCCUUUCAAAUACACCAGGCGCCCGGCCGUUUACCCCCCCCCCGCCAUUACGAGUACUCGUGCUGGGGCGCUCCGCAGCUUUCGCAGGCGUCACCUCUGCAGGCUGCUGCUUAGCUCCAUUUCUCGCAACACUAGAAAUCGGGGAUGCCAUACUACCGGUAGUCGACUAACGCCUACGACUGUUAAUCGAGUGAGAAACAGUGAGUACGCAGUGCGCGGUCAACUGCAGCACAGAAAAGGAAAAAGCCCUCAUUCUCACAAAUUCUAUGGUAUCCUCUUUUCGUUCCGAAGUGCGAUACCGGCAUUCAGCCGACGGCUAUUGCGAAUAUUAAAUGAAGGACAAGAAGCACCGGGUGUGAAAGGGUCAGGGUUAGUCUAAUCCUGCUGGGAUCGGAUUUUGGGCGAGAGCCCGUCCGAUAAAGCAGCAGGCGAAAGCCACAAGCUAAUGAACCGGCCCACGGCCGCGGUGAGCUGAAAAUUUUUUUCCUGCUCGACCAUGGCGGACUUCUUCGAUCUUUGGAGGUUAUACAAUUACGGCGGCGGCGAGGGGUAAGGGGAAGCAAUUUUUAAAUAAGAAAUAUUGUGGUAAAAGCGAGAAGAGGAGAGGAGCGGAGCGGGGAGGAGGAUCAAUUUUUCUUCUUCCUGUUCGAUUAAGAGAUGGAAGGUCGAUAGGAAGGUACUUGAGGCUUCUGCGGGUAUUUUCGAUUCUGGUUGGGGAGGAAUUCCUCUUGUCGGGGUCUGCGAAUAAUAGUUGGGGGUUCGAGAUGAGUUGUCCUUGGUGACUUGGUCCUCGGACAGGUCCUGGCAAGCGGGCGAGAGCAACAGGCAACGCAAGGAGAAGCAAGUCCGGGAAGGCAAAGGGAGGAAUUUAAAGAUUACUGUAUCGUGCCUUUUAUUUUAUUUUUUUAUUUGUAUCAUAUUUUAUUAUUAUUUUCACUAUUGUACUCGUACUCGUAUAGUACUCAAGUGCUCGAGUAUCCCGGCUCCCCUCGGCACUAGCCAAAAGGAGUAGAGUACUACUUCAAUUGAUCCAGCGCAGAAGCAAGUGAGAUUGUACCAUAUUGUGUCGGGUGGCGGGGUAAAGUACCUGCACCCAAGGUACGGUAUGGUACCGGACAUGUUGUACUGUGCCAACGGGGUGAUGGUCUAUUCCAGUUGGACACAAGAGCGACGGAAGGAAGCCCCACGUAUUCAGUUCUCCCUAUCAAACCGAGUUAACUCGUGAUAACAAACCGUCCAAUGGACAUCAUCCGCCACGUCUCUGCAGGCACCUCAAACGGGCGCAUUCUGACAAGUCUCCCGUCAGAUUUGCGGACUGUCUGCGGAGGAGGGAGAGGCGAGAGGGUUUGGGGGGGGGUAAGGGAUGGCUAUCUAGCCAGAGGCUGGUAAUUGUGGUAUUAUGGUGCUCAUUCUCGCAGUGGUGGUGUGCCGCGCCUGUUCUGUGUGGGUUGAACAAACACCUUUCUCCCGUUUUCUCUCCCCCUUUUCCUUUCCUUCCUAAUGUUGCCAUAAUCGACCACUCGGAUUCCCGGAAUUAAGAGAAAAGGGUGAGGUUUGUCGGGACGUGGCUCCAAUUGCAUGUUGAUUAUCAAACGUCAGGUCACGGAGUGGGGUGGUGGUACCCUCUGACUGGAUUUCCCGUACAAAACUUUCCAUUCACCCACAAUUCUCCUCGAGAGAAAUCAGAUGAGAAUUUUAUUAUUAUUUCUUUUCCCUGAAGUGUGUGUGUGUCGUUUCUGGAGCCAGAGUCGAUAAUUUUUUCUUGACGAUACUCACUGCAAUCAUGAUUGAUGAAGAGCAGCAGCGGUUGGAGGAUACUGGGGAGGAGGGGCAAGAGGGCCAACCGCCGAUCGAAGAAUCCAAGACGCAGGACAACGAGGAUGGAACGAAGGCAGACAACGCAGCGACAACGGAAGAGGAGGAUGGAGGUGUUGCCGUGGACCAAGGUGAGAGCAGGAAAGAAGGGGAGAACAACCAGGAUGGAGAAGAAGGAAAUGGGGGAGACAAUACCCCUUCUACUCCUUCGGAAAACAUUGACAAUACAGACGUUACAGAAAAAAGUGAUCCUGGAGGUGAGAUUCAAUUCCAUUCUCCUCAAUUCUGCUCAAUUCUCUUCAACUUCCCCCCCCUCCCUUCUUACCCUUCGUUCGUUCUAUUGUACUCGGGAAGGGAAUUAUAGCACAAUAAUCCCUCUCUUUCUAUUGUUCCAACCACCUGCGAGAACAUUUUAAAUGCAUUCUUCUAUUCCAAUCAUCUGCAAGUGCCGUAGCUUCUGAUAGGGGGAGGGGCAGUUUAUUUUACAAGGAACCCGUUCGUUCCACAAACACGAUUUAUUGCUAAAAAUUAAGCGAGCGCCAUAGGUGCGACCGAGUCCGCGACUCAGGAAGACUCCGCUGCCGUUGUUGUUUCGACAGAAGAAGGCCACCAGAAUCCGGACACGGGCUCAGCCUCAGGCGAAGCUGAAGGGAAUAACCCACCUUCUCCCCCUGCUUCCACUUCUACUCCACACGAAGGACAGGAUACUCCACCAGAAGACCAGCCACCCGCAGAUUCGGUUGAAGCGGCCCAAGAAGACGAGCGAAAAGAAGAAGAAAAGGAAUCACCUGACUCGAAGGCAAAUUCGGAGGAAAAUCCCGCAGCCACCGAUCCCGAUCCUGGCCUUGAGCCUGCGAACAGUAAGGAGAAAGACGAUCCCUCAAAUACAUCUGAGCCGCCGGACGAUCCAGGAGAGGCUACGGUCGAAGAGAAUCUUGCCGUCCCCGAGGAAAAUACCGACUCAGUCCAAGUUGUGACGGAGCCUGAGUCCGAGUCGAAGGACGACCGACGGGAACAAGAAGAAAAGGCCGCGCCCGCAGAGGAAGAAAGCCGGGGAUCGCCGGGAGCGGUAGGAGAGCCAAGUCGCGAGGGGGAAUCAGACGUCGAUAACGAUAACAAUAACCCUCUUCCGGUAGAAACUUCAGUGGAGAAUCCGGAUUUAGAAGGCUCCUCCCUGCCAGCUGAUCAGGUUGCAGUGAAACAGGGCGUUGAGGAGGUUUUAGAAACAUUCCCAGCAGAGUCUAACCCAACGCCGCUUGAAACUCCUGAAUCCGACCCCACUUCGGAUCUUAUCGAGCCUCCCCCCCUUUUAGGCCCAAUGUCUUCUCAACUCUCUACCAUGCCGGGCGCCCUCGAGGAAUCCUCGCAAUUCAACCUACCUUCCGAAGAAGACCCCUUUAUCGAUCGACCUCGCUCAACCCUCGACGGCCCAUUAGACGACGAGGCUGCCGCUGCCGCCGCUGCAGCUGCCAUGGCCAUUUCUGCUGCCGAUGCGCCCGAUAUAGGCGCUGACAGGCCUAAGCACCGCAAGUCGCAUAGGCGAAGAGACAAGAGCGAGAAGCCAGAAAAGGAGCGAAAACACCGCGACAAAGGCGAAAGAGAACAUCGCGACAGGAGCGAAAGAGAGCCUAAGGUUAGGGAGCCUAAGGAGCCGAGGGAAAAGGGGGAAAAAGAAAAGCGACAUAAAACUGCUGAAGAGAAAGCAGGUAAAGACGUGAGGCGCGCUGCGAAAUUAACAGCAAAAUUCGGUACCGCUCCGCCAACCAUCACCGUCGUCGACGAUGAGGCGGUCGGUGGCCAGUACGAUCUACCUCCGCCUUUGGUGGAUGAUAAGAUAAAGCGCCGGCGCCGUCGCUCUAAGGCUGGUAUUGGCGCGGAUGGCGAACCAGAGGUUACGGUGGCGGAGGAACAGCCGGAAAAGGAGAAGAGGCAUCGGCGAAAAUCUGGCGCCAAGAAAUCAGGCGGAGAAACCGAUGUUGAGGAUGGGAAGAAGUCCAAGAAAAAACAUUCUCAUGCACACAUGACUCCCGAGGAACGGGAAGAGAGGAGGAAAAGGCAUGAAGAGAAGGCACUGCGCAAGGGUAGAGAACUUGGUAAGUUCAAUGCUUGAGUGAUGCUAAAUGACACAUUUAACUGACAAACAGCAGAGGAACAACUUAGGAAGGGCGGCAGCAGGGAAGGUAAAGAAAGUAAGGAGGAUAAGGAGAGGCGGAAGGCCGAAAAGGCCGCCCGCAGGGCCGCAAAGGCCGAGGCUACAAUCAUCAAUGGGGGAGGCACUAUAGUUAACGGAGAAGGUACUAUGAUUAACGGCGAGGGCACUAUGAUUAACGGCGAGGGCACUAUGAUUAAUGGCGAGGGCACCGUGAUCGAUGGAAACGCCACCGUCAUAAACGGCGGCAUCGAGCCUCCCGACGACCAAACCGUUCUUCCAGAACCUGACACAGAGCCCGGACCAGAAGCAAGGACGGAGUUAGGUUUCGACCUCAACAACCCUUACCCUGCUGACCCCUCGGUUUCCCAACUGGAGCCCCCAUCCGAGUUCCCCGCUUCGGAGUUCCCCGAAUCUGAAGCGCCAGCACUUUAUCUAUCCCCCGAGGAAGUUAGAGCAGCAAAGGAGGCACGUCGUGCUGCCCGCCGUGCGCGCAAAGCUGAGCGGGAGGCACCGAAGGAUUCUGGCCACUCCUUUUCCAGCGAGGGUAAGCGGGAGCAUAGACAUCGCCAUCAUGAAAAGAAGCAGAGAACACCAGAGGAGGAAGAGGUCCGUCGCGCGAGAAAGGAGGAGAAGCGAAGAGCCCAGUCUAUGGAUGCCCCGGCUGUGACGUUCUCGGAGAAGGAGGUGAAAGAAGCUAAAGGCAAGAAGACAAAGCGCCGAGGGAGCGAGGCGGUGGAGAAGCAAGAAGGCGGAGAGAAGCCGAAAUUUAGCGUUCGGAAGACGCUUAGCCGCUUCUUGACCUUUUAG